GUCAGCAUCACUGUCAACAGUCACUUUCUACCCAGGACAUCAGGCCUGGAAGACGAGGAAGCCAAGGUCCUGGCACCUGAACUCGAAGCCUCCUCGGCGGAGCCCGGCAAGACCGAGCCCAGCGGGCUGCCCUUCUGGUGCAGCCACAUCGGUCGCCUGGUGCGCAGCAUGUCCCUGCUGCUGAAGGGCAUGAACGGGCUAGCGCAGGGAGAGGAAAAGCCGCCCGCCCCGGGCCCGCAGGACGCGGGCAAGGAGGCCGGAACCGGCCCACCUCGAAGCGAGGCUCAGCGCGAGAUCCAGGAGUGCGGGGUGUCGGUGCGGACGCUGCGGGGGAACUUCGAGUCUGCCGCCGAUCUGCCCUGCGCCUCGAACUCCGGUCCCUGUGAGAUGGGGACGCCGCCCGGCCAGUGUCUACGAAGCUGCUGGUCGGCGCCGCCACAGCCCCGAGGCUACCCGAUGGGUGGAGAGCCCCGGCCGGGGGACACGGAGGAGGCCAGCGAUUCCGGCAUCAGCUGCGGGGAGGCCCCGUCAGAGGCUGGCGGGGGGCCGGGGCUGGACCUGGCUAGCCUGCGCAAGGAGCGCAUCGUCAUGCUGUUCCUCGGCCACUGGAAGAAGUCCGCCUACACGCCCGCGCUCAGGACAGCCGCUAGCAGGACCUUGGAGGCCCAGCGUGCUCGAUCCAGGGACGCCGAGGCCAGCGGUAACCCCCGGCCGCCCUCCCCGCCACCCAGCGACGGGCCCCGGCUCGGCCACCUGUGGCAGCAGCGCGGCAUCAUCACUCAUCUGCUGGGUACCUGGAAGGCCAUCAUGGCACACGUGCCGGCCCGGCAGCUGCGGAGGCUGAGCCGCAGGGUGCGCGGGCCCCUGUCCCCCGAGCAGUUCUUGCCGCACGUCGAUGGGGCCCCGGUGCCCUACAACAGCCUCUCUCUGGACCUCUUCAUGCUCGGCUACUUCCAGCUCCUGGAAUGCGACCUGCCGGCCGAGGAGCGCAAGAUGCGCCACCUGCUGUGCUUCGAGGUCUUCGAGAACCUGGGCGCCCACGGCUGGGAGGCGGUGCGCGCCUUCCACAAGGCGGUGACCGAUGAGGUGGCCGCGGGCCGCCGUGCCUGGACCGACGGCUUCGAGGACAUCAAAGCUCGCUUCUUUGGCUCCAGCCAGGGUCCAGUCUGGGACAUGGAGCCUGGCCGCAAGCUGGGCCUGACGCCACUAGGGUCCUUGCCUCACGCUGCCCUCCCUGGCAGCGGCCCCGAACCUGUGGCCCCGAGGCUAGGGUCCGACUCCCAGAGGGGCAGCUUCAACAACGGGGACAUCUGUGGCUACAUCGACCGCAGCUUUGCCUUCUGGAAGGAAAAAGAAGCUGAAAUGUUUAACUUUGGAGAAUGA